AUGGAGCAACAGCCGUACUACCUCCGUCUCUUCUUGGCUCUCCUCGUGCCCUUCCUGCUCCUAAAGCUGUUCAGGAAGAUCGGCGGCCGCGGCGAUGGCCAGCGGCUGCCGCCCGGCCCGUGGAGGCUGCCGGUCAUUGGCAGCCUGCACCACCUCGCCGGUAGCCCGCUCGUGCACCGUGUGCUUGCCGGCCUUACGGACCGGUUGGACGCACCGCUCCUGUACCUCAAGCUCGGCCAGGUCCCCCUCGUGGUGGCAAUGUCCCCGGAGGCCGCCCGGGAGAUCACGCGGAGCCAAAACUCUCUCUUUGCGACGUGGCCAUGGAGCCCUGCCAUCAGGAUCAUCGACGUCGAUGGACGUGAACUCACGUUCGAGCCCUCCCACGCUCUGUGGCAGCGUCUCCACAAGAUGUUCAUUCUCGACCUUCUCAGUCGCAGCCCCUACCGCGUCAAGUCGUUCUACCACGUCCGGGAGGACGAGGUCUGGCGCUUCAUCAACGCCCUCGCUGCGGCGCCGCCAGGGCAGCCCGUGAAUGUCAGCGAGCGGAUCGCCGCGCUCAUCACUGUUUCGGCAUUGCGUGUGAUGAUCGGGGGCAAGUUCAAGAGGAGCGAGGAGUUCUUGCAUGUCCUUGAGGAGGGGCCCAAGAUCGUUGCUGGGUUCAGCCUCGGUGACCUGUUACCAUCAUCAUCAUGGCUCCGAGCCACCACACGUCUGGCCGAGAGGAACCACCGCAAGAGCUUUGAGCUCAUGCAGUAUGUGAUCGAUCAGCUCGAGGAGCGAAGGGAUGCCGCCAUGACAGGCAACUACGACAUGGAGGAACGAGAGGACCUGGUGGACGUGCUCCUGAGGAUACGUGAGGAAGGUGGCACUGACGAUGUGCAUCUUACAAUGGGAAUGAUCAAAGCAGUUAUACUUGACCUCUAUGGUACAGGGAGAGAGACAUCAGCGACCACACUCCAAUGGGCCAUGUCAGAGCUCAUGAGGCACCCAAAGGUAAUGCAGAAAGCACAAGCUGAAGUACGCAACGCCCUCCAAGGAAAGCCUAAUGUGACCCUGGAUGACGUGGCCGGUCUCAAAUACAUCAGACUCGUCAUCAAGGAGACAAUGAGGCUACAUCCACCAACACCAUUGCUGAUCCCCAGGAAGGCCAUGAAGCCUUGCAAGAUACUUGGGUACGACAUACCUAAGGGCACCACAGUGUUGGUCAAUGCAUGGGCGGUCGGCAGAGACCCUAGGCAUUGGGAAGACCCUGACGAGUUUAAGCCGGAGAGGCUGGAGCCAUGCAUAAUUGACUUCAACGACGAGGCAGUCUUCGAGCACAUGCCAUCGACGUCGCUUUUGACGUUUGCACAUGACAACAUGGAGAUUGUGCUUGCCACACUUCUCUACCACUUCGAUUGGGAGCUCCCAGGUGGCGUGGAAGUGGACAUGACAGAGGAGAUGGGGCUCACCCUCCGGCAGAAGAAAGACCUGUACCUGCACGCAGUGGUCCGUGUGCACCAGAUUUGAUUUGCAGUCACAGUGCUAUGUGAUCAGGAAGUUCGGCAAAUGUUUCUAGCAGGGCCUAAGGAAUUUGAAAAAUAAACAGCAGCUCCUAUGUUACUUAUUGAAAGCACAAAUCAAGAUCUGGUUUACCAGAUGUUUCUCUGUAACACAGGUUUUGCUCAUAUAAUACCAAGACAAUCAAAACUACAGGACAUAUGAGGAUAAUGUAUCCCAAUACAGCAAAAAAAAAAAA